AUGCCUUCGGAUGCUAAGCAACCCUCACGCUUGGCCAUGUGGAAAGGUGUUAUGUUUGCUUACACAGUCAUCGCCUUGUGUUUGUUUCCCCUUGCCAUUGGAGGUUAUUGGGCCUAUGGAAAUUUAAUACCUACCAAUGGAGGGAUGUUAGGUGCUUUGCAAAAAUACCACGAACAUGAUACAUCAAAAUUUAUCAUUGCUUUGACAAGCUUGCUAGUUGUUAUAAACAGCCUCAGUUCCUUCCAAAUCUAUGCAAUGCCAGUAUUUGACGAUCUGGAAUUCAGAUACACUAGCAAGAUGAACAGACCUUGCCCGAGGUGGCUACGAAUAGCCUUCAGGGGUCUCUUCGGGUGCCUAGCAUUUUUUAUUGCUGUAGCCUUACCAUUCUUACGGAGUUUGGCAGGUCUGAUAGGAGGCGCUGCUCUACCAAUAACCUUAGCAUAUCCCUGUUUCAUGUGGAUACAGAUUAAGAAGCCACAGAGAUGUAGCACAAACUGGUACUUGAACUGGACACUAGGUGUUGUUGGGAUGAUUCUAAGUGUACUGGUUGUCAUAGGAGCCAUUCGGGGCAUAGUUGCUCAGGGCAUAGAGAUCCAUUUCUUUAAUCCACAGUAG